UUCGAAACUUUCAAAACAGAGGUGCUGUCAUGGACGUGAAUUGCAAUGAUCCGUUUUCAACGACUCUAAAUGACAAUCCCGAACAAGUUAGAAUCAAGUCAGUCAAACUGUCCCAGUUGCUUUAUGCUGAUGCCGCGAACGAUGUCUUUACAAGAGAAUCACUGAAGAAAAAAAGACAUCUCGAAAAGGAAAGAGGCAAAGGCGAAGGAGAAAGUGAUAAUGCGUGUGACAUACGACAUCCUUCCUGUUCACUGCUUCCAUUUCGAUUCGAUACUCAGGAAGAACCGGAGAAAAUUUCCGGGAAACGAAAGAAGAGGAAAAUCAAAUCCACCUUGAAUUCGGUUUCUAAGAAAUCACAGUCAAGUAAAGUAAAGGAAAGAAUCAGCCAGGAAGAACUCGAGAAAACCGAAGGAUACAGGCUGUUUAUGGAAGCAUUGGCAGCACAUGCGAUCAAGAAAAGCUGCCCCAGACUGCCUGCUAAAUAGACUGCCUGAUAGUCAUAAAUCUGUACUCAGUCCUGCACCAAGCCUUAAACUGAAGAUUAGUGCAGAAAAACAGUUGGAUCAAUAUCAGUAUCUGGGCAACUACCCACCUACCCCUCCCCUAACCCAGCAUUAGCCCAACAUGUUAUCAAUUGACUGUUGUUGAGUUAGGGGAGGGGUAGGUGGGCAGUUGCCCAGAUACUGAUAUUGAUCCAAACAGUUUUCUUUAACUCUAAGGGAACCAGAACGAAAAUUCAAUAAAAUUACUUACACUUUUUAAUUGUCCAUUUUCUGUGUGAGAGAUGUAAAAUGAAUAUUUGACUUUUUUCCAGUAUAUGUUCUAUAUUCUACUACUUUUAAAGAGUUUUAUGCGAUCUGUAACAUGCAGGGAAAACUAUUGAGAGACAAAAAGCUCAUAAGGUAAUCUUCUUCAAUCGCACUGUUGCAACAUGGCUGAUCUGUGUCUCUCAUGUGACCUGCGAAGGCGGGAACAGCGCACUGUUACUUCAUGUGACUACUUGUUACAAAUCCUCUCUGUUGUUUAAAAGGAAACGAUGAAACAUAACUCGAAAUGGU